UUACAUUAAAAUGCUGUUUUACAGAAUUACAGGGGACUUUUCAAACUUGUUGAAGAACAUGCCUAAAUAUGAUCCUCCAGUAGUACCAGGACAACCCGGUAUCAGUUCACCUGAGAGUAUGGAGACUCAGCCACGCAUUCAGCAGAGAUACCAUUCGACAUCAAUUGUCAGAAUUAGAAGGCCUGAUGGGUCAAUAGAAGAGACACGAAAGUAUACGGACAGCACUGGUCGUGAAGAAGUAACUGUAACACAAACACAGCCACAAGAUGGUACACCUGGUGGAUCACUUUUACAUCCAGGAGACCAAAGAUUUUUCGAUGGGCAGAAUACCCCUGAUGUCCCCAUUCACCGCUUGCCAUCAAUAUUUUCGUGGAUUUUUACCCGAUAGCUUGAGGGCUGAAUUACUGAGAAGAAAUUACCAAUAACCUCUUCCUCAACACUGUUCAUAGUAUCCAUGAGAAUAAGUUUUGAGAACUUAAAGAUGUCAUACCCAUUUUGAAAGGGAUGUGGAGUUCUUUGGUACACUGCUAUGUUUAUUGUCGUCAUUUAUCAGGACAUUAUAUUUCAUUGAGACUACAAGUGUAGGCAGGAUUGCCAAGUUUUCACAUGCCAGUCCUUUCAUGUCUCAAUGAGGUUGGCUACUUCCAACAUUCAAUUCAUUUUCAAGUCCAGUAUUAUAGGAUGUAUUUGCUACAUCCCUGAUGUGAAUUUAUGUUGCAUUUAUGUGUUUCCCAGUUAAAUGUUUAUAUAUCUGAUGCAUUUGUAAAUAGACCAAGAGGGAGUUAUGUCCCAACUUUAUUAUUGUAAUAAUUGUAGCAAUGUAAAUAUGUAACUUUACCCUCAGCCAAAUAUGAAGCUUUAUUUUCUGCUGUUAUUCAUAGACAUGCGACAUUGAUAGAAAAUUAAAUAGUACUUGAAGAUAA